AUGAGGGCAAUACUGUUGAUACUCCUCAUUCAAUACGUUCUCUGCGGAACAUGCUCCUCGGGAGAUGUUGUAGGCGCCGAAGAUAUUCACGAUCUACCGGAUGAUCCGCAUUGGUCCAGCAUUGCGCACGACGAUGUCGAUUGCACGUGCGAGGAGAGGUCACAACAACAGCAAGAACUACAAGAAUUGUGUUUCAAUAACAAUCCAGACAAUACAAAUAGCACGACGAUGACGUCUUGUGGAGCAAGAAUCUUCUACUUGAUUGUGGUGCACAAUGAUCGAACCAUGAACGAUGCCUUGUAUUUGUUUCGAGGGAUUCGGGAUUCACGAAAUACCAUUCUCAUUCACAUUGAUGUCAAAUUUGGAAUGAAACCAUACGAAUCUUCUGUGCUGAAACAAGAAAUUGAUGCUUGUCCCUGUGGGAGUCAGGUGGAAAUCGCCUCGGUGCACAAUUCCUCCUGGAGUUCCUGGUCCAUGAACGCGCCAACGCUUUGGGGUUUGGACAAAGCAGUCAAGGAAUACGAAGGAAAGUGGGAUGUAUUCAUCAACCUCAGCGGAGAUACUUUGCCUGUUUACACGCCCGAUCGAGUUGCCAGCUUGUUUGCUGGCCCUUUGGCCAAGACGAAUUUUGUCACCUCGCAUUCUUGCGAAACUGGGCUGGUCCCAGCUCCCAUUCACUUUUUCCCAAAGAAAUGGCACAAACGCGGGCACUACAGCCAGGACCCGGCAAACCUGACUUAUGUCGAUGACGACGGGGUCUCUCAUUCGAAUUACGCUCCCGAAACAUAUUUUGGAAGCCAAUGGAUGGUACUGCAGUUCGAUUGGUGCCAGCUGUUAGUGCGCCAAUUGGAUCGUCCAGAUAGUCUGGCAAGUCAAUACAAGGAAUACCUCAUCGCCACCAAAAAGCUAAUGACCGACGAGACCUUUAUCCCGACAAUCUUAAUGCAUUACAUGCCCAAAACAAUCCCAGAAAUUGACGAAGAAGGAUAUCUGGAUGUCGAUGAAGUGGAUAUGUACGCCAUUCGAUACGAACGCAUGGACGAGAACAUGCCCAAUUCGCAAGGAGUCUAUACCACCGUUCAGAGAUACAAUGUUCCAGAAAACUCCGGCGUGGAUGCACCUCAUGCCUGGGGACCAUAUUUUCUUGGCGUUUAUGACCUUGAAAACAUUCGAGAAUCGGGUGCCUUGUUCAUUCGCAAGGUUUCGUCUGUGAUUGAUCCAAAUUUGUUUCGGCUGUUGCCAGUGGACCAGCCAGAAGAUAUUCCAUUGAUUGGCUGGCCAAAAGAAGUCAAGAUUGACCCUGCUGUUGAUUGGGCACACAGGCUAGCAGACUUCAAAAAGAAAUACAUACACGAUCAUCCAGAGGUGCUACAGAAAGAGAAAUAG